UGAAGACUAUUAUGCAAAUAAAACAAUUGAUGAUAUUGUAAUCGAGAGCAAUAAUUUGUUUCCUGAAAGAUUAGUCCAAUUUGACGAUGACAUUAGAAAAGCAUACGAGGAAUGGACACGAGGAGACACUUUCCUUAAUUAUUCUCACUAUUUGCAGCUGAAUGCAGACAAAUGGUUUUUCACUCCAAUGAUGAAAACUGCGGAUAGGAUUGCCGAAAAAAUGAAGAGGGUGUACAUACUUAGUUUUCAGUAUAUCUCAGAAAACAAACCAGGCCCAGACUGGACAGGUGUACAGCAUGGAUGGGACUUAUUUUAUACGUUUGGAGUGCCAACAGUUGGACAUCCGAACAUCGCCUAUACACCACGUGAUGCCCAAGUCUCAAAGGACGCGAUGAAGCUAAUCAGUGAAUAUGCAAGAAAAGGUUAUACCACGAAAGCCAGUUUGAAGUUAAAAAGUUACAGACCAGCUUGUAAAUCGUACAACAAACUGGAUUAUGUCAAUGGAAAAACUAUUGUGACAAAUGAAUUGAAUUUCAGAUCUCCCCGAAUAGACUUUUGGUACAAGUACCUGUACGGUUAUGAAAAUUACAAAUGCGAUAGAUAUCAUAAGUAUCAAGGUUAAGUCAAGGAAUGGUUAUAUAAUGAUUUUGGGAUGAUGAACAUUUGC